UUUAAUGGAUGCGAAAUUGAAGGAACAAAAGCCCCCAAAAGCUAAAAUUAUGCUUUGGACAGAUGUCAGCUACCACGACAUGGAAGAAAUCGACAAACUGCAGAGUGCAGCUGAUCUGGAGAGUACUUUAAACCGAGUCUUUCAAUUUGACAUCCCUGAACCACAGAAAGGAGUUCUGCUUGAGUUGUACGUGCAGUCUGUGUUCUUUUGUAGAGAGAAUGGAUUCAGUAAGGAGCAAACAUCUGCUGUCCUGUCAAUCAUUAAGUCCAUUCACGAGGUCAACAUCGAAACUUCAUUGGACAACAGGGCAUGCUGUGAAUACUGCAAGGAGCUUCUGCUCUGUCAUUCAGUCCGGCGGCCUCCUGUCAGUGUUAACCUCUUCAGCCUUAAGGAGGCGACUUGUAUCCUUGAGUAUAUCCACAACUCCUACAUCACACACUUCAAACUCUAUAAAUAUAUUUUCACUCCACAGGAAAAACUUGAUCUGUAUUUUUCUUACUCUGGGGUUUCAGAGGAAAACAUUCUGGCGGGUGAGGAUUCAGCUGUUUCAGAUGUUGACAAUGUGACAGAAGCAGAAAUACCACAGAAAGAAACAUCUCUUCAAACUCAAGAAGUGUCCAACUUAGAGUGUGAAGGAGCCACACUGGUCUCUAUGUCAGAACUGAGGGCAUUAAUUGAACAGGAAAUCAGACAGCAGAUGAUGCUUGUGUCUGGACAACUGGACCAACGAUUGAAAGAAAUUGCAGCUCAGCACAGCAGUGCACAAGAAUCCACACAGCAUGAACACACCACCAUCAAUUCAUGACUGAUAUUUUUUUUCCAGGCAAUCCUGCAUCCAGUUUGUUGAUGUGAAACCAGAGCUCAUAAAAUAAAGACUACUCCAAGACUGGUUUUAGUGUAAUUAACCUUUUUUUUUUUUAUACAGCACAUACAUGAUUCUUUUAUUAAAUAGAAUAUUUGUGUUAGAUACAGUCAGACUUCACAGUUACACUAAGUGGGUUUAUUGAGGAAAGGCUCUGUGCAUGACAGCUAAAGUAUUUUUUUUCUAAAAAGAACUAAAAUACUGUACAGAACAUAAAUAUUUCAAAAGGUCCUCAUAUAUCGCUUCAUAGUACUUUGUUUGCAGUGGCAUAUUUGUAAAACAGCCUUUAUGCAAUAGGUGUAUAUGAUUAUUAAAUAACCAAUCACAGUGCUUUAAAAAUCAGCUUUAACCACACAGUGAUUAGAAACACUUUCCUCAGUCAUAACUGAUGAUCAAAAGGUUAAAAUUCCUAAUAUACAGUAUGCAAUGCACCUUCUUGUUAUGUGUUUAAUCAGGACACUGUGUAAUGUGUACUAUUCUGCAAAGUGGCAUCACAAAUAGCUUUGUUCUGCAAACCCUCUGACUUGACUUUGUGGUGUUUCCAUCAGGAAAAACUUCAGAGUAUUAUAAUAAUAAUAAAAAAU